AUGUUGAAACUGCUAAUUGUAAUUGGCUGCUGUCUGCCGCUCAAUCAGGCGGCAUUCCUGCAGGAGUGCGAAGGUGUCAUCAUCAGUCGCGUGCCGAAUCCAAAUCCCGAGUGCAGCGAAUAUGUCUUUUGCAAUGGCGAUGAUUCCUAUUAUUGUAACGAUGAAUGCAUCGAGCCCGUUAGCUGUAAUGAUGCGAAUGAAACCACAGCACAGGCUGCACAGAGCACCACCACAACUAGCACCACUAUUACCACUGUGGCAACAGAGCAGCCGCAGCAAACCGAUCCAAAUCCGACCAGCACAUUUGAAGCAAGCAGUAGCAGUAGCAGCAGCAGCAGCACCACCACUCCAACACCCAGUACCACUUCAACAGCAGCCAGCAGCACCACAGUCAGCAGCAACAAUCUGCAAAUCAUUUGCCGCAGGAGUGGUCGAGAUGGUGUCUAUCCUUAUCCAGCAAACGAUAACUAUUAUUAUCAGUGCAUUUCGGGGUAUUUACUUUUGCAGCAAUGCCCGCAGCAUUUUCAUUUCGAUGAGUCACUGAGUAAAUGCAUCGGCACAAACCCUUAUCUUUAA